AUGACAUUGUAUUGUGUAUUUUCAGGUGUCCAGUCCGCAGAACAACUUACCCAGUCAGAGCCAGUGGUGAUAAAGCCGGGGAACUCUCACACACUGACCUGUAAAGCGUCUGGAUUCACUUUCAGCAGCUACUGGAUGAGCUGGGUCAGAGAGAUUGGAGGAAAAUUACAAUGGCUGUGUCGUAUCAGUGAUGGAUCGGGUACCAUAAAUUAUCAUGAUGAUGUUAAAGGAAGAUUCACAAUCUCCAGAGAUAACAGUAAUAACAUGUUGUAUCUGAAAAUGGACAAGAUGAAAGUUGAAGACACUGCAUUGCAUUACUGUGCAAGAGACACACUGAUCAAAACAUUGCUUAGAUAG